CAAAGCGUGACCUAGGAUUUGAACUCGGGACUACCGAGAAACAAAUCCCGCUAGUGGCAGGGUUGAGACCUUGAAUUCGGGACCUCUGGAUUACAACGCCAGCGCUCUAAACCACUCGGCCACGCUGCCUCCACUCCACAGGGAUUGAAAGGAAAAUAAUUGGCUGCGGAAAACAUACGACUCUUCGGCCAACUAAGACUAGAAGGGGAUUGCUUUUAGUUCAAGCAUAUAUGAAACUCGUGAUCUCUGGUUAUUGAUAACUCUUUGGGAAUCCGUGAAACAGAGCCGUCUUCGGUAGAAAAGCAGACGAAAACAAAAAGAAAGCCUGCCAUCGGCUUUUCCUUUCCAAUUAAACUGAGAACAGAAUGCAAAACUACGAAGGCGUGUCCAACAGAACAUUGCAGCUGACCCCGGCCUCCAGAAUUGAUACUGAACUUCUAGGGUCAGCUAUUCCUAGGCAUAAGAUGGUCAUGGCCAGGAGACUAGGUCAGCGACUAGCUGGUACAGUUUCUACAUGGGUUCUAGUGAAAGUAUUUUUUCAAAUUAAACUGGACCCUUGAGAUGAAAAAUAGAGGUAACUUCAAACAGGUGAAUUUACAUCUCUGCCAGGCUUUAGGAGAUGGGAGUGAUGUGCUCAACGUUUACAAAUUACUGUUUAUUGAUUUUUUUUUUUUUUAGAACCAGAACGGCGGGCGACCACUCUACCUUGCCAAACUAAAAGCUUCUUUGGCAGAGUUGCUGUCGUGAAUGAAAUCAAAGCGAAACUGGUGACAGGGUCAUCCCACGUGGUCAUUCUUAUCGCUCUACCCGGAAUGGGGAAGACGGAAGUUGCAAUUCGUGUUGGCCAUUUGCUACAAAGUGAUAAUUGGCCUGUCUUGUUCAUUGAGAAACAAAAGAAUCUCUUGGAACUCUGCGAUGAAAUCCUCAACCAUCUAACAAGUCGCCGCUGGACAACAAGUGACGAUAUCGUCUACCAUGCCAAGCGGAAACUCUCGGAGCUAGAAGGCGACACAGUCAUCAUACUGGACGACACCGUAAGUGUACAGGGGCCUUCCUUUGAUGACUUUGUCAAAUUCUUGGUUUCUGCACCAAAGGUUCGAGUAAUUAUCACCACACAAGAGGAUAUAGGCUUUGUAUCAGCCGGCAACAUCCACAAGAUUCGUCUUGACCCUUUGGAUCUUGCGUCAUCCGCGAAAAUGCUGACACAGUUGGCACCAAACUCAAAGAACUACGCUGAGGAACUUGCAGACCUUUGUGGUGGGAUACCUUUGUUCCUCAACUACGCGAGCGCGUUGAUGAUCGACGGAUUCUGCCCGAGAGUUUUCACCCAAGAAUUGAGGAGAAAUCCAGCGAAAGUUCUCAAAGGAACCGAACCUCUGGAUACUUUUUAUCAGAACAUGGGUCGCUUUCUCCUGGGGAAGUUUUCCGAGGAAGUGUUGAAGAAUUUAGUCAAGCUCUCUGUGUUUCCGUCUUCGUUCUCUACGGAAGACAUUCGGUUCCUAUUUGAUGACGAAUUACAGCUGCAAAGCGUUAAGACGAAGCUAUUUCAGCGUGGUCUACUACAAAUGAUCAACGAUGAGCUCUUGACGAUCCAUCCUCUGGUACAGACUUACUGCAGGGAAGAAAGAGACUCCUUAAACUUGGUAGAUGUAGGUCAGGCCGCCGAACGCCAGUUUAAUCACCAUUACCUUGAGCUCCUCAGGGGUCUUCAUAAAACGUUCAUCACGAAAGAUUCCUCUUCAACUGCCAUUUGUGGCUUUCGAAAAAAUAAAGCUAACAUCAUGGAAGCUUUAAAAAAUUGUCUGAAAGACACCGGCGAAGCACAGGAGAAAGAAUUUGCCAUAGAUGUUGCUAACGAAGUGGUGGAUUUCUUAGCGAAAGUUUUGUCACCACCGGUAGAGUGCACUAAACUGUACCAGAAGUGCUGCCAAAUCACCAAACAAUCUUCCGACGAUAAAAGGCUUGUAGACAGUCUAAAUUCGAGUGCCUUCCGCCGACUAGACGAUUUAGCUCACCGUAAGAGCGACAACACUACUCUUGAGAUGUUGCAGGAAGCUUACGAUAUCGGCAAGAGAUUGCCAGAGAAAGAACAGAAAAAUGAGAAGCGUGCACACGCAACCACCAAGCUUGGUUUGUGCAUUUUGCUUAAGGGAGAUGUUCAAAGAGGCCGGCAGUUGAUCCAUGAGGGAAUCGCUCUCAGACGAGAAUUAGGCGUUCCACUUUAUGUGGCUGCGGGAAACUGUGACCUUGGACAUUCGUACCGUCAUUGUAAGGAAUACGACAAAGCAGUGGAAAUCUGGAAAACAAAAACUCUGCCAAUUUACAAAGAGUUCCUUGGUGACCACCCGUGGACGGCCUCCAUCCUUCAGCAUAUCGCCUUCGCGUUCAUUGAACUUGCAAAAGAAAAUCCAACAACCUACGCUGACCAGGCCCAAAGGUACACCACAGAAGCUCUGCAAUUGCGAGAGAGGCUGUUGGGAGUACACCAAGACACCGCUCGAUCUCAUUUCCAUCUAAGCCUUGUUUAUAUCAUGCAGAAGAAACUGCGUCCGGCUUUGGAGGAGCUUGAUAAGGCGUUUGAAUUUCAGGAAGACGUUGUAGGCGUCCAACAGGACACAGUUGACACGCUGAACUUGAUGGCAGAUGUUCUGAGAAGAUUGGGACGCGAAGAAGAGGCUCAGAAGAUGACGGAGCGAGAGAAAGAUUAUCGCACGAGGCUGGAAAAAAGGACUUAGAGAGAUGCAGACUUGAGUGGCAAUGGAA